AUGGGAAACGGAUACACGUGGACCGUGAUGGAAGAGGCCACGAGGGCCCUUGCCAAUCUGGCGCUCGAGCCGAGCAGCAGCAGGGCCAUCGCGCGCGCGCGGGGCGCGGUCGCGCGCUUGGUUCCUCUCCUGCGCAGCUCCUCCUCGGCGGCCGCGCGCACGCGCGCGGCGCGCGCAGUCGUGAACCUGACGUGCAAAGCGGAGAACAGGAAGCGGAGGUUUGGCGCGUGGGCGCUCGGGAACCUAGCGCACGGGCCGAAACUGAAGGCGCGAAUUGUGGCGGAGCCCGGGUGUUUGCGCGGGCUGGUGGCGCUUCUGGAAAGCGGAGAGGCGCGAGUUCAGGAACGCGCGGCGAGGGCACUCGCCAACCUGGCAUUCGGUGCAGGGAGUAAGAAGGCAAUUGCGGCGGUACCGGGCGCUUUCGAGGGUCUGGUUCGUCUCAAAGAGAGUUCCAGUGCGGAAGUGCGGGGACAAGUCAAGAGGGCAAUCAAGAACUUAGGUAGCGGGCAUGGUAAAUGUGAGGAACGGAACCAACGCGGCGCGGGCUCAGCGGUGAACUCGGAAGCUGCAGCUUAA